GCAGCUAGCCAGCGCCCGCCCCCCUCGCUGCUCUGGAGUCUUGACUGCCCGCCCCGCCCCCGAGCAAGAAAACUUCCCGGGGGGGGAGGCGGCGCUUGCGGGCGGAUAGGCGUGCGCGCUGGCGAAUAGCGACCUAUAAAAGUGGGCUGGGCGGCUCCCCUCCUUUUCCCGAGGAAGCGCCGAAAAGCAGCCCUCUUCGCGGCGCCAGAAGAGCCCCCGCAGGGUGGGGGAAACAGCCAGCCCCCCUCGGCCCGGGAUCCCGCGCAACCAUGUCUCGGCCUCUGACGGACCAGGAGAAGCGGAAGCAGAUCAGCAUCCGCGGCAUUGUCGGCGUGGAGAACGUGGCGGAGCUGAAGAAGGGCUUCAACCGGCACCUGCACUUCACUCUGGUCAAGGACCGCAAUGUGGCCACCCCCCGCGACUACUACUUCGCCCUGGCGCACACGGUGCGCGAUCACCUGGUGGGCCGAUGGAUCCGCACCCAGCAGUACUACUACGAGAAGGACCCCAAGAGAAUUUACUACCUCUCCCUGGAGUUCUACAUGGGCCGCACUCUGCAGAACACCAUGAUCAACCUAGGACUGCAGAACGCCUGUGAUGAGGCCAUUUAUCAGUUGGGGCUGGACAUAGAAGAGUUGGAGGAGAUUGAAGAAGAUGCUGGUCUGGGCAAUGGAGGCCUUGGCAGACUGGCCGCCUGCUUCCUUGACUCCAUGGCUACCCUGGGGCUUGCAGCCUAUGGCUACGGGAUACGAUACGAAUACGGCAUCUUCAACCAGAAGAUCAGAGACGGAUGGCAGGUGGAGGAAGCGGACGAUUGGCUGAGGCACGGGAACCCCUGGGAGAAGGCCCGGCCGGAGUACAUGCUUCCCAUCCACUUCUAUGGACGGGUUGAGCACACCCAGACUGGCGUGAGAUGGGUCGAUACACAGGUGGUGCUGGCCCUUCCCUACGACACCCCCAUUCCUGGCUACAUGAACAACACGGUCAACACCAUGCGGCUCUGGUCUGCUCGGGCCCCCAACGAUUUCAACCUCCGCGACUUUAAUGUUGGAGAUUACAUCCAGGCUGUGCUGGACAGAAACUUGGCAGAGAACAUCUCCCGGGUCCUCUAUCCCAAUGAUAACUUUUUCGAAGGGAAGGAGCUGCGCCUGAAGCAGGAGUACUUUGUGGUGGCUGCCACCCUGCAGGACAUCAUCCGGCGCUUCAAGGCCUCCAAGUUUGGGAGCACCGAAAGUGUCCGGAUGGCUUUUGAUUCCUUCCCAGACCAGGUUGCGAUCCAGCUGAAUGACACCCACCCAGCAAUGGCUAUUCCUGAGCUGAUGAGGAUAUUCUUGGAUAUUGAAAAACUGCCGUGGUCUAAGGCCUGGGAGAUCACCACGCGGACCUUCGCCUACACCAACCACACUGUUCUCCCUGAAGCUCUGGAGCGCUGGCCAGUCGAGCUGGUGGAGAAGCUGCUCCCCAGACACCUGCAGAUCAUCUAUGAGAUCAACCAGAAGCAUCUGGAUAAAGUCUCCACCCUGUUUCCCAAGGACGUGGACCGCCUCAGGCGGAUGUCCUUGAUCGAAGAGGAAGGCGUCAAGCGCAUCAACAUGGCACACCUUUGCAUCGUCGGCUCACACGCUGUGAACGGGGUCGCAAAGAUCCACUCGGAUAUCGUCAAGUCUCAAGUGUUCAGGGACUUUGCAGAGCUGGAACCAGAGAAGUUUCAGAAUAAAACCAAUGGGAUCACCCCCCGGCGUUGGCUUCUGCUCUGCAACCCGGGGCUUGCAGAGUUAAUUGCAGAGAAAAUUGGGGAGGAGUACGUGAAAGACCUGAGCCAGCUGACGAAGCUGCACAAGUUUGCGAAUGAUGAGAUUUUCAUCCGGGAAGUGGCCAAAGUCAAACAGGAAAACAAGGUCAAGUUUGCCCAGUACCUGGAGAAGGAAUACAAGGUGAAGAUCAACCCGGCCUCCAUGUUUGAUGUGCAAGUCAAGAGGAUCCACGAGUACAAGCGGCAGCUCAUGAACUGCCUGCACAUCAUCACCAUGUACAACCGCAUCAAGCGGGACCCAAUGAAGCUCUUCGUGCCCAGGACGGUUAUCAUUGGAGGCAAAGCUGCUCCUGGCUAUCACAUGGCGAAAAUGAUCAUCAAGCUGAUCACCUCAGUGGGCCACGUCGUGAACAACGAUCCUGUCGUGGGGAACAAGUUGAAGGUCAUCUUCCUGGAGAACUACAGAGUCUCGCUGGCUGAAAAGGUCAUUCCAGCUACAGACUUAUCAGAGCAGAUUUCCACAGCGGGCACUGAAGCAUCCGGCACGGGCAACAUGAAAUUCAUGCUCAACGGUGCGCUGACCAUUGGGACAAUGGAUGGCGCCAACGUUGAGAUGGCGGAGGAGGCUGGAGAAGAGAACCUCUUCAUCUUUGGCAUGAGAGUGGACGACGUGGCAGAGCUCGACAAGAGAGGGUACAAUGCUCAGGAGUAUUAUGAGAGGCUUCCGGAGCUGAAGCAAGCCAUGGACCAAAUCAAGAGCGGCUUCUUCUCACCGAAGCAACCGGACCUCUUCAAAGACUUAGUCAACAUGUUGUUCCACCAUGACCGGUUUAAAGUCUUUGCAGACUACGAAGCUUACGUCAAAUGUCAAGACAAUGUCAGUCAACUCUACAUGAACUCCAAGGAAUGGACCAAGAUGGUAAUCAGAAACAUAGCUGCGUCUGGGAAGUUCUCCAGCGACAGGACCAUCAAGGAGUACGCCCGGGAUAUUUGGAGUGUGGAGCCUUCGGACCUGAAGAUCCCACCCCCCAACGUUCCUCGGGAUGUUGUUGAUGAGAUGCUGGCCAAUGACACUUCUGAAAAGUUGCACAUGUGAAUCUGAGAGAUGCCGGAGGGAUAGCUUUCCUUGAGUAGCAGCUGUACUGUAGGUGGUGGGAAAUAUGCACCCACCAUUUUUUUUUUAAGCAAAUAACAGUAGUCACGGUUAUGGGCUCUUCCUUUUUUCUCUCUUAUAAGCACAAAGGGGCAAUCUGAUUUUUGUGUGAAACCUGCAGAAGUGUGAUCAAGCCAGGGCGUUUGAGUCAACACAAAAUGGGUUGCUCUACCAUGGCUCCACCUCCCCUCUCCUCCCACCCUGUGAAAGCCUGGGGAGUGUAGUUCUGUGUAACCAUUGCAGACCCUGGAAUGGAAUUAUCUGUGCCCUGAAACUACAACUCCCAGUGUGCCGGGUAGGAGGGGAAGCCAUGAAUGGAUUCGAAAGUCUGUGAUAGGAUCAAAUAUGUUUGCAGUAAGCAUUGAAACCAGUGCCAACAGCAAGAUGAAGUCAUUCCAAGUUGCAUUAAGUCAUCGGGUUUGCUGUGGCCUAGCGGUAGAUGGCCCUCAACGUUGCUGCUACCAUGGCCAGCCAUGUGGUUGAGUGUCCUCCCUCAAGAGGCGAGAGCACGGGAGUCUGCUCCAGCUUGCCUAUUGUUCAUCCCAAACAGCUUGGCCAAAGUGCUUUCCAGGAUACCUUUUGGUAUGUUACAGGUGCUAGGUGUUUGGUCCCUCACAGGGCGAGACCAAAGGGCCCUCUGGCUAUCAAGUGGCUAGGACAGGGGGCUCAGAAGAGGAGAGAGAAUGUCUUACUCAGUUAGCAGUUAAAAUACCCGAGAGCAAGGGUUCUCGCAGUUGGGUCCCCAGGUGUUAGACUACAGCUCCCAUCAUCCCCUGCUGCAAUGGCCAAAGGCCAUUUGGACAGCUGGGGACCCAACUUGGAGACCCCCUUUUAAGACAGGACUUAAUAUCCAUUCAGAUAGGACUAAAUAUCUAUCCUCUAGGACUGAAGAUUAGUUACAUUAUUACCAAAAAAGUGCAACUCUUGGAGGGUCAGAAGCAUCUAAUUUUACUGUCUCCCUGCUUUGCCGUGCUGUGUCCACUAGACAAUCAUGCAUUCCUGAACAUUUCAAUAAAGCUGAAGCCACACA